AUGUUGUAUAGUAAUAACUAUGUAGUGGUGUUAGAACGAUCCAUUAAUGAUAGAAAAAAAAUUGGGAGAAAUGUCUGGACGCGGAAAGGAGGAAAGACUAAGGCAACGAUAAAAACAAGAAGUAGGAGGGCUCAGCUGCAGUUCCCGGUGGGACGGAUCCACCGUCAUCUACGGGAUGGAAAUUAUGCGCAGCGGAUUAGCUCUGAGGCACCAGUUUACAUGGCAGCGGUGUUGGAGUACCUAGUUACCGAAGUCCUGGAUUUGGCCGGAUACGCUGCCAAGGACAACAGGAAGAAGAGUUGGUUUAACGGAAACCAACAACAACCAAUCGACAAUGCUCAGCGCGUGGUAGUUGAUUCCCGAGAACAGGGAAAAGUUUACAGACGCGAAAAUAAUAUCUCCUGUCUCAGACUCCCCCCUUUGACCUUUACGUCGAAUGAAAACAAAAUGAAGAACGAUCGACAUGAAAUGGUCGAGACUUGA